GUCUUGCUCUCGUGGGGGUUCUUUAUAUUUUUUCAUAAAGGGACGACGUAAAGCGAAGCCGAAAAUCAUUAGUCUCACAAGAACCAAGACAAACAAAAACGGACGCACAGUUGUGAAAUCGCUGAGGAGCAUAGCAGCAAAAAAAGCCUAGCCAAGUUAUGGAUUUCUUGGGUCGCGAUUCGGAUUCCGACUACGCUUUCCGAUUGCAGAUGGAGGAGGCGCUUGCGGCUUCACUCUCUUCCCGAUCUCGUACUCCUCAGCGGCCACCGUCGCCUCCGGUUGUAGCUACGUCUGGUGUCCUUAUCGCCGUGGAAGGUGACUCGGAGUAUGUGCGUCUCAGAAGCAGGGGUGGGAAAACCGGCGGCGAAGGAAACUCCAGAGGAAAGGGGAAAACCCACGUGACAUUCACUGCUGUACGUACAGAUGAUCAAAACCCUAACUUUAGAGGCGGUAACUCCCAAAAUGCUUCCGGGUAUCUCUCUAAGAGACUCUCCCCGGUCGUUCGACCGCAGGAAACUGUUCGUCCGGCGCAAUUAGUCGGCGAGGGUAGCUCGAAGGUCAAUGCCGCCGCGGUAAAAUUCAGCGGAAACGUAAUGUAUAGGCUUUACUCAAAGGGUUUGCUGAGCGAAGAGAAUGGGAAGGGGAAGAUGACGGACGUGGUGGCUGGAUUUGGGUUUGCUAUUUGCGACGAGAGGGAUAAUCUCUUGUUUGAUUUGAAGGGACCACUGAUUGGCCGUGGCACGAAUCGUCAGGGAGCGGAGAUUGCGGCGUUGAGCCGGGGGCUAUUCGAAGCCUCCAAGCUGGGGAUCAAACAUAUCGCCAUUUUCUGCGAUUUCUUUCCGAUUUUCCAAUUCGUCAGGGGAAGCUGGACGCCUAAGCAGAAAAAGAUUUCCAUGCUAAUGGAUGAUUUGCAAAGGAUCAGGCAACAAUUCGCAUUCAGUCAGCCUGUUCUGGUGGCUGGAAACGAAGUUAAGUUUGCUUAUAAACUUGCUAGGGAAUCAAUAGUUGCUCAAGUCACCCCUCAUGAAGAUCCUCGCCAGUCAAAAGUAGCUCGGAAGGAGGAGUGCCUUAUCUGUUACAACGAUACUGUUUCCGAGCGCAUGUUUUCUACUGGUGUAUGCGGUCAUCGCUUUUGCGUUCAAUGUGUGAAACAACAUGUAGAGGUGAGGCUGCUUCACGGACUGGUUCCAAAUUGUCCUCACGAUGACUGCAAGUCUGAGCUGGUUAUCGAUGCGUGUGGCAAGCUUUUGACUCCGAAACUGAGCGAGAUGUGGACACAGCGAAUUAAGGAGAACGCGAUACCUGCCACAGAGAGAGUUUACUGCCCUUACCCGAGGUGUUCGGCUUUGAUGUCCAAAACCAAGAUUUCUGAAUCUGCCAAGAGCUUACUGUCUGCUUACCCUACAUCUGGAGUUAGGAGAUGCGUUGAAUGUCGUGGCCUCUUCUGUAUGGACUGUAAAGUCCCGUGGCACGGAAAGCUGUCAUGUACCGAGUACAAGAAACUGCAUCCUAAUCCUCCAGCGGAUGAUGUGAAGCUAGAAUCUCUUGCAAAUAACAAAAUGUGGCGCCAGUGUGGCAAGUGCAAACACAUGAUUGAACUUGCAUACGGAUGCAAUCACAUGACUUGCAGAUGUGGGCAUGAGUUUUGCUACAACUGUGGAGGAGAAUGGAACAAGAGAACGGAGUCUUGCGAUAAAAGCUGCCCGAACUGGGACGAAGCAUACAUCAUACGUCAAGGGAACAACUACUUUGACGAUGACAGUGAUGAUGAAGAAGACUACUUUGAUGAUGACGAUGAUGAUGAAGAAGAUUAUGACUCUGAUGAAGAGUUAGGUUUCGGCCAUGGUGGCUUCCCCCUUCAUUUUGGGCAGCAGCUUUCUACGAAUGAUGCUAAACCUGAAGAGCCCUUUGAUCCCUUCUUUGACCUGCCAGAUGGUGUGCUCUUUACCCCCGACAUGUUGUCUCCCAGGACUCGUGCGCGAUUGUACCCCUCGGAUGAUUCUGAUGAGGUGGAAGGUCAAGCUGAGGAAACGGGUCGAUCUCAUCUCCCACCCGAUUUUGGUCCGUUCGGUUUAGCAGAUGAGGAUUGUCCAUACUUUGGAAAGUAUGGGAAGUACACUCCAGUUUAUGACUCCGACGGCUACGAGAUCGAGGAUUACACAAACCCAUUCCAUCCCGACUAUCCUCACUUUUGAGGUGUGCUUUGGAACCUAACUUCGUCUCUUUUUGCUUUUUUUUUUUCCUUUUCAAAUACAGGUCAAAACUCUCUGCUAUGUUUAUGCCCUUUAGUCUUUUAAUUGUUUUGAGGUUCAUGUUUCUAUGACAUGUUUUGUUUGAGAAAAUGGUUAAAUCUUGUAAUCUGUUGCUACCUUGGCUUUAAAGUUAGGGCAUUCUUUUUCCUUUCGUGAUUGGUUUUGGCUUGCUCUGCCGUUUAUGA